CGUUGGGCAGAUAUGGGGAAUGAAGGCUGGGCAUACAAGGACAUUCUCAAAUACUUUAAAAAAUUGGAAACAAUGAAUAUCCCGAAGUUAAAGUCGGAUAAUACUUAUCAUGGUACUGACGGACCAGUUCAUAUCACUUCUCCGUUAUAUCAAACACCAUUAGCGGAGAUCUUUCUAAAAGCAGGUAAAGAACUGCAAUAUCCAAUAGUAGCUGAUUAUAAUGGAAAAAACAUGAUAGGAUUCUCAUAUCCGCAAACUACGAUUAUGAAUGGCACUCGCAUGAGUAGCAACAGAGCAUAUUUGCAUCCCAUACGCGAUCGCGACAAUCUUCAUAUCACUCUCCAAAGCACAGUGACUAAAAUUUUGAUGGAUACCAAAACGAAGCGCGCAAUCGGCGUAGAAUUUAUCAAAAAUAAUAAGAUUAUCCGCGUGUUUGCGAGCAAAGAAGUGAUUCUGUGUGCGGGUGCCAUCGGAUCACCGCAAUUGUUAAUGUUGUCUGGUAUUGGACCAAAGGAACAUCUUACUAAACUAAACAUUAAGGUCCUUCAAAAUGCGCCGGUCGGCGAGAAUCUCAUGGACCAUCCAGUCUUCUUAGGAUUGUAUUGGACAAUAAAUGCAUCGAUAAGUUUAUCAUCAUCCGAAUUGUUCAAUCCUAUUAAUCCGUACAUGAUGGAAUUUUUAACAAAUCGAACAGGACCAUGGACGAGUCCGGGAUUAGUCGAGACCCUCGCUUUUAUCAAUACAAAACAGCCACAUGAACACAGCGGUUUACCGGACUUGGAAUUUAUAUUUACUGGUAUUCAACCAAUAAAUCUUUUAAUGAGGGAUUUUAAAGAUUCUCCAUCUCUAUGGAUCAAAUAUGGUGAUCGCCAUGGCUGGUCAGCUAUACCAAUAUUGUUGAAACCAAAAAGUCGUGGUAGAAUAAUGUUAUUAGCUAAUGACGUCAAUGUUAAACCAGCUAUCAUACCAAAUUAUUUCGACGAUCCAGACGAUGUCAAAACGAUGAUCGCCGGUAUUAGAACUGCAUUAAGAAUUGGUCAAACAAAGACGAUGCAGGCGUUCGAUUCUCAAUUGUUAAACAUUACUUAUAUGGAAUGUGACUACGAGUAUGAUUCUGAUGCUUAUUGGGAAUGCAUGAUAAGAAUACGCUCUUCCACAACCUUUCACGCUUCUGGCACUUGUAAAAUGGGACCUCGUGGUGACCCAACUGCUGUCGUUGAUCCCAAAUUAAAGGUUUGCUUGACAAAAUGCAUUACAGUAUUCAUAUACAGGGUGUCUCAAAACUCGUGGAUUUCGUUUUAA